UCACGCAGACUGUUAGAUAUAGUGCGAAGGAGUUGACGUUGAAAUGUUGAAUGGUUCAUUUAUAAUUAGUGAUUAAUAAUAUUAAUUUUUAAGUAUUGGAUCAUUAUUUAUAAUACAUAAUAUAUUUUAUACAUAUACCCAAUAGAAAUUAAACUCAUAUAUUUCUUGUUUUUAUUGUUUAUUUAUAGGCGAGAUAAAUCCAAAAUAAUCGGCAUGAAUUUCCAAUGUUUAACUAUUGGAAUUAUUUAAUAAAUGCUGACAAUAAUCAAUGGAGUUGAACAAUUUUCAACAAAUAUUAUUGAUGCUAAAUUGUAUCAAAACAAAAUACACCAUCCUAUAAAAAUAAUUAAGGAUGGUGUUACUGGUGCGAGGCGUGGUUCAGGACGAACCACCGCCGGACACGAGGACGCUGUACCUCAACCAUCCGGUACUGCGAGAUUCCGCAUCACAACUGCUCACCAUCUCUACAAAAGUAGUUGGGCCCAUAGGGCUCCUUUACGUGUGCCAACGGGAGAUGGCUGUGACCGUACCGCAUGACAAAAACGUGUCGAUUAUUGGUUCCGACGACGUUACCACUUGUAUCAUUCUCGUACUCCGACAUACCGGUUCCGGAGCCGUGGGAUUCGCUCAUCUAGACGGUUCAUGUACUGAGGAAUGUGUGGUGAACAUGGUGCACAGGAUCCAAGAACUGUCCAUGGGCUUCCCGGACGGCCGGCUGGAAAUGUCUCUGAUUGGUGGAUUCACUCACGUGUUACGUUAUAGCGAACAAGUGUUUUAUAGUCUGAUGGUUGCAGUUCACAAACAUCAAACCGAAAUCGAACUUGUGCUUGCGUGUGUUGGAGAACUCAACACUAUUAUGCGAAACAACGUCCACUGGCCAUUGCUUUAUGGAGCUGGAGUUAUGGUCAAGAGCGGUGAAGUAUUUCCGGCCAACUUUCCUGACAAAGGGCCUGAACAACCCUUGAGACUUGCUCGGCUGUUCACAGGCCUGCAACCAGUGUUGGAUGUGUAUGACUGCAGCUUGGGUCUCUUGAGAAUCGGACCGUUUAACUACGAGCCCAUGCGCAGUGUCGAUUUGUGGCUUCAGCAAUCCGAUGAAUUCAUCCUGCAAGCUUUGUCAACUACGCCCGACGUAGAACCACCGCACACAGUCAUGGCCAUACGAGCCUCUCUGAAAUACGUUCAAGAUCAUCCAUUUCCGGCGGUUACGGUCUUCAGGGACAAUCGGCCAUUAUACUAUAGACGAGAUGAACACUCAGGCACGUGGACUCCAUUUCGCUAUUAAAGAAAUAUGAAUCUAUAACUCGACAAUCCAACGAUUAAAGUGUCAAAUGUUUGUAUGGCGUCAAUAGUUCGAUAAAAUUCAAACAUAAAAUAUCAUUGAAAAAAAAUUACCAGUGUUAGUUUUUUUAAUAUUAAUUAUUUUUAUUUAUAGAACAUUCCAUUUUGUUUGCCCUAAUCUUGUGUUUUAUAAGCUGUUCAUUUUUAUUUUUAAGUGCCUUUAUAGUUAAAUUCGAUUUUUUAAAAGCUGUUUUUAUAAUUUUUAGAAACUAAUGGAGAACUUGAGAACACUUAAGUAAAUUAUAAUAUGUAUUAAGUUUUAUCUGCGGUAAUAUUAUAUUUUGUGUUGUACGAUGAAAUAAUCAGAAAAAAAAACAUUGUUAAUUUUUUUUUUUAACAAUUGUUUCAUACAUGUGAAUUUUAAUCAAAAUGAAUGUUAAGUGUACAAUAAUUAUAUUUUUUUAUCAUAAUUUA